AUGUCUGACAAUGGAGAAAACUCCGAAACUGUUGCUUCAUCUGGACCUCCCCAGACCAACUCUGAGCGAACGACUGACCUCUCCUGCGUCGAACAAUGCAAUGAAUUUAUUAACCAAUAUCGACUCGGUCAAAACGGGAAAGCAAAUACAGUGCUCACCAUCCAAGAAGUCCUUGAAGAUUCACCGGCUGUCCAGAGUGGACAAAACCUCGAUGAUGCCCUCAAUAUCUAUAUCGGAAUGCUCAACGAGAUUGACUUCUCAAAGCGAGUUGCCGCAAAUCGAGGAGAGCAUCAAUUUGGGGAAGGAAUGCAAGAAGAGGAAGUUGAGCGAGAGAAUAGGGGGCUACCCAGUAAUGAAGAGGCCAAAGUUGGAAGCAAGCGGUCAAGGGUUGACUCAGAAUCUGAAGAGGAUGAGUCACCCUCAUCCAGGCAGCGAGCUAAAGUCGUUGACGUCAAGGCACUUGCCUCUCUUCCUUCGGAUAUCAGAGAAACCUACAAACAACUUGAAAAUUUUGCUGCCAAUCCAAAGAGCGUUGUUACCGACAUCCUGUCCACACCAGGGUGUCCCCCAUUUCCACCCAGUGAAUGGCUUAAUGUCGUGCGAUGGAAAUAUGUCGACCUUGGCAAAGUCCUUGACUCUGCCCAUACCACUGAGCUCGACCCGAAGCAAAUGCACGUCAUUGAUGACGAGAUUGAGCUCGCCCUUCGGGUCUCAAAGUCCUCAGGUGGAAUCAAGACAUCAUCUGACCACAACAUCGCGUUCUCCAUGUAUAUCGAAGCCAUUGCCUUUGUCUUCCCGCAACAAUGA